UUUUAUUUCAAGUCCUUUUUUUUUUUUUAUAAAAAUAAAAUAAAAUAAAAAAAAUGUCUCAAAAGAUUGCUAUCCUUUCUGUUUACGACAAAACCGGCUUGGUUGAUUUUGCUAAGGAACUUCAUGCUUUAAACAUUCGUUUACUCGGUUCUGGUGGAACUGCUAGACUUGUUCGUGAAGCAGGCAUUCCUAUCGAGGAUGUAUCUGUAAUCACUAAAGCUCCUGAGAUGUUAGGUGGUCGUGUUAAGACCUUGCAUCCUGCUGUUCACGGUGGUAUUUUGGCACGCAAUAUUGAAAGUGAUGAAAGAGAUCUUGCAGAACAACAUAUUGAAAAGAUCGACAUUGUUGUUUGUAACCUCUAUCCUUUUAAAGAAACCAUCGCUAAACCAGAUGUCACUAUCCCUCAAGCUGUAGAAGAAAUUGAUAUUGGUGGUGUUACUUUAUUACGUGCUGCUGCCAAGAAUCACGCCCGUGUAUCUAUCCUCUCUGACCCUAAUGAUUAUUCUAAAGUUAUCAACGAGCUUAAGGAUGGUGAAAUUACACAAGAGACCCGUAAUAUGCUUGCCUUAAAGGCUUUUAACCAUACAGCCGACUAUGAUACUGCAAUCUCUGAUUACUUCCGUCAUCAAUAUGCCCAAAAUAUCGCUAUGAUGCCUCUUCGUUAUGGCGCCAAUCCUCAUCAAGCUCCUGCCCAAAUUUUCGUAAAAGAAGGUAGAUUACCUGUUGAAGUUUUAAGCGGUUCUCCUGGUUAUAUUAACUUUUUGGAUGCACUCAAUUCAUGGGCUCUUGUCAAAGAAUUGAAGGAAGCUACUAAGAUGGCUGCUGCUGCUUCCUUCAAACACGUUUCACCUGCUGGUGCUGCUAUCGGAACCCCACUCACUGACAUUGAGAAAAAAGUAUAUCAAGUAGAUGACUUAAAGAUACCUUUAACCCCUCUGGCUAACGCCUAUGCACGUGCUCGUGGUGCUGAUCGUAUGUCAUCCUUUGGGGACUUUAUUGCUCUUUCUGAUAAAGUGGAUGUUGCUACUGCAAAGAUUAUUUCCCGUGAAGUCUCAGAUGGUGUCAUUGCUCCAGCCUUUGAGCCUGAAGCCCUUGAGAUCCUCAAAGCAAAAAAAAAUGGCAAAUAUUGUGUUCUAAAAAUGGAUCCCACCUAUGAGCCCGAGCCUCAAGAAAUUCGUCAGGUAUAUGGUCUUUACUUAGAACAAAAACGUAAUGAUUACAAGAUUGAUGCAUCUCUUUUCAAGAACAUUGUCACCAUGAAUAAGGAAUUGCCUGAAGAUGCAUUGAGGGAUUUGAUUGUGGCUACCAUUGCACUCAAAUAUACACAAUCAAAUUCUGUUUGCUAUGCAAAGAAUGGCAUGGUCAUUGGUCUUGGUGCUGGUCAACAAUCCCGUAUUCAUUGUACUCGUCUUGCUGGUGACAAAGCUGAUAAUUGGUGGUUACGUCAUCACCCUAAAGUAUUAGCUUUUGAUUUCAAGAAGGGUAUAAAACGCGCUGAUAAGUCCAAUGCUAUCGAUCUUUACGUUACUAAUCAAAUUGGAGAAGGUGUAGAACGUGAGGCAUGGGAGGCUAACUUUAAUACAAUUCCAGAAGCCUUGACAGCUGAUGAACGUAAGGAAUGGAUGAGUCAAUUAAAAGAUACCGUUGUUUCAUCUGAUGCCUUUUUCCCCUUCUCUGAUAACAUUUACCGUGCUCAUCGUUCUGGUGUUAAAUAUAUUGCUGCUCCCUCUGGCUCAGUUCAAGAUCAAGUUGUAAUUGAUGCUGCUAAUGCUAAUAAUAUGGUGCUUGUACAUACUACCUUACGUCUUUUCCAUCACUAAGCAUUUUUAAAUUGUGAUACAUAAAUAAAUUUAUAAUUUGCCUAAAAAAAGAA